AUGGUUCAUCAGCAAAUCAAAUAUCCUAGGACCCUGAACCUAGGAGAUGAGAGUGGCAUCAAGUCUGAGGCUUUCUUGUGUGUGGUACAGCUGCAACCUGGUCAUUUCUCUCUAAUUUCUCUAGCAAUCCUUUGCCCACCACCUCGUCCUAUUCUCAAUGGAAGGCAUACCGGCAACUCUUCAGGGAACGUUCCAUACGGAAGCACAGUCACUUACACUUGUGACCCGGGCCCAGAGAGAGGAGUGGACUUCAUCCUGAUUGGGAAGGACACUAUCCGUUGCACCACUGAUAGUCAGAAGAUUGGGAUCUGGAGUGGUCCUCCCCCACGCUGCGAACUUUCUACUCCUGGAAUUCACUGUCCACCUCCCCAGAUCCUAAGAGGCCAAAUAUCGUCUGGGCAGAAAGAUCAAUAUUCAUAUAAUGACACUGUGGCAUUUGAUUGCUUGUUGGGCUUCACCUUGAAAGGUAGCGAGAGAAUAAGGUGCAGUGCCCAAGGCACGUGGGAGCCCUCUGCACCAGUCUGUGAAAAGGCGUGCCAAGCCCCUCCUGAAAUCCUCAAUGGGCAAAAGGAAGAUCGAAAUGGGUUGAGCUUUGAGCCUGGAACAUCCAUAAAAUAUAGCUGUGACCCUGGCUAUGUGCUGGUGGGCGAAGAAUCCAUACAUUGUACCUCUGAGGGGGUGUGGACACCCACUGUCCCCAAAUGCAAAGUGGCAGAGUGUGAACCUAUAGGGAAGUAUCUCUACAAAAAACCUCAGAAUCAAUUGAUUAGACCAGAUGUUAAAUCUUCUUGCGAUGAAGGGUCCCGGUUAGGUGAGAGUGUUUAUCAGCUGUGUCAAGGCACCAUUCCUUGGUAUAUAGAGAUUCGUCUUUGUAAAGAAAUCACCUGCCCACCGCCCCCUGGUAUCGACAAUGGGGCACACACAGGGAGUUCCUCAGAAGACUUUCCAUAUGGAACCACCGUCACUUAUUCCUGUAACCCUGGGCCAGAGAAAGGAGUAGAAUUCAAACUCAUCGGGGAGAGCACCAUCCGUUGUACAAAAGAUGGUCAGGAGAGGGGCAUCUGGAGUGGCCCUGCUCCUCUCUGUAAACUUUCCCUCCCUGCUGUUCAGUGCUCACAUGUCUACAUUGAAAAUGGAUACCAGAUAUCGGGCAAGGAAGCCCCGAAUGUCUACAACGACAGUGUGACAGUCAAGUGUGUUGAUGGGUUUACUUUGAAGGGCAGCAGUCAGAUUCGUUGCAAAGCCAAUGACACCUGGGAUCCUGCAAUACCCGUUUGUGAGAAAGACUGCCAGCCACCUUCGGGGCUGCACCACGGUCGGCAUACGGGCGGAAAUAGGACCCUCUUUGUCUCUGGGAUGACUGUAGACUACACCUGUGACCCCGGCUACUCGCUUGUGGGAAACAAAUCCAUUCACUGUAUGCCUUCCGGAAACUGGAGUCCUUCUGCCCCUCGGUGUGAAGAAGCGCCAUGUGAGCCCACGGGAGAAGAUGUUCAAGAGCUUCCAGCUGAUUCGCAUGUGGUUCUAGUUAAUACAUCCUGUCAAGAUGGGUAUCAGCUGACUGGACAUACUUAUCAGAAGUGUGAAGAUACUGAGACUGGGGUUUGGUUCCAAAGGAUUCCACUUUGUGAAGCUAUUCACUGUCCAGCUCCACCAGUGAUUGACAACGGGAGGCACACAGAUGUGAUGGCAGAACGCUUUCUAUAUGGAAUUGAAAUCUCUUAUGAAUGUGACCAAGGAUUCUCUCUUCUGGGAGAGAGAAACAUACGAUGCAUAAGUGAUUCUGAAGGACAUGGAUCUUGGAGUGGACCUCCCCCGCGGUGCUUAAAACCUCCUCCUGUGGCCCACUGCCCUAACCCAGAAGUCAAACAUGGAUACACGCUGAAUAAAACCCGUUCGUCAUAUUCCCUCAAUGACACUGUAUAUGUUGCCUGCAACCAGGGUUUCAUCAUGAAUGGCAGUGACUUGGUUAGGUGCCAUGCCAGUAACAAAUGGGUGCCAGGUGUACCAACAUGUAUCAAAAAGGGGUCACUUGCUCCUCUUCUUGGUGGUCUUUCUGCAGGUUUCAUGGUUCUUAUCUGCUUGGUUAGUGUCACCUUGUACAUAAUAUUAAAACACAGAAAAUACAAUUAUAGACAUAAAAGCCUCAUAGAAGAAGAUUUUCAUUUAGAGACACGAGAAGUAUAUUCUGUUGAUCCAUACAACCCAGCAAGAUAACCAGAAGAUAAGCAGUGUGCCUUCUUGCUUGGAAUGCAGCUGAACACGGGUUGGAAAGAAACCAUUUGAAUAUCAGCAAGCCUAUCUGUAUGGGCUCCCCAUCACCGAAAUGAUGCCUUAAGCUGUACCUUCCUAUUUGCACUUAUUCUCAAGCAGGACAAGGAAUGUUUGCCUGAUGAGAAAGAUGGGAGCCCAGUGUCACUGCCACCUGCUCUUCAAGGACUUUCUGAAGCCUCGCCUGUGAUGUGCCUGGAGCCGGGCUUUGGCUAUCAGCGGUUACAUACUAGUAGCUCUGAGGAGUCACCUUUUCUAGGAAGUCACUAAAGUGAACUGUUUUUAUAUGCGGACUCUUCCUUUUUUAUAAUCAGCAUACUUACUGUUACCACAUACUUUUGGUUACAGUGUGGUUUUAAUUAUUUAGUCAUAGAAUGAAGGAUUUCCUGUGGUUUUCAUGGGCAUACCUUUAUAGAGGAGUCUGAUUUUAUUUUAAUAGUGGUUUUUCUUCUCAGAUAGAGUUAAACAUUUCACUCUAAUUUCCACUUGGUUUCAGGUUUUCUCACACUAUAUACUUUGUGUUUCCAUAAUCACUCAGUAAUUCCAACUCAAACAAGUUUUUUCUUUUAAUUAUGGGAGUGAAAUUUUAAUUCCCAAGUUUUUGUGUACAAUUGAAUCUUUGGAUAUAUUCUUGGUGCUUUUGUCAGAAGAUCUGGUUGCUUGUAAAAUGUCAUUUCAAAU